AUGUCAGAGAAAGAAUGUAGAAUGGAAAAUUAUUGCUUUGGUCCUAUGUCCUUAUUGCAUUUGGCAGUGAAUAUCACAAAAUUCCCCCUAGAGUCUUGUAAGGUGUACAACGAAUGUUCAGAAUGUGUGACAGCUUCAGAUCCUCUGAAUUGUGGUUGGUGUGCCAACGAGUUGGGGCAAGGCGAGUGCAAGAUGAGGCAAGAGUGCUUCAAGAGAUGGACCAAGGAUAGCUGUGCACCGCUCAUCUAUUCUGUCACCCCACAAACUGGACCUGUCCAAGGUGGUACACAAAUGACCAUACAGGGGCGAGAUUUUGGCUCCAAUCAGAGCCAGGCAGUGGUGGAAGUGAAGAUUGCCGACACAACGUGUAAUGUCACUUACAAGGAUUCCUCAAGAAUUCUGUGCACCACUGGUGUCUCGGCCAAAGGAGAAAUAGAUAGAGAAGUGUAUGUUCGAGUUGUUGAUAGAACAAAGACAAUUGUCAAGUAUCUGAUCGAAGGCCAGGCGCGUUCGCAGCAUGUCUUUGCAUACAAGCAACCUUCCGUUUCCUCACUUACUCCCAAAUAUGGGCCCCAAUCUGGUGGUACCGAUAUUUUGAUCAAGGGAAGGAAUUUGAACAUAGGAUCUCGGCAGGCGGUCACAGUGGCGAACCUGCCAUGUGUUAUACACAGCACGCUGUCAGAUAGCAUAAAGUGCACCACCACAUCUUGGAACAUGACUGUCAUGAACAAGUACAUCAGGCGCUACCUGGUGAGGAGAAAACGUGACAUUGGCAGUGGCCGCCUUGAGGUCUUCAUAGAUGGUGCUGUAUUGAGUGAUAGAAACUUGCGCUACACUUAUAAAGAAGAUCCGACCAUAACGUCUAUAUCACCAAGAUUAAGUACCUUAAGUGGCGGCACCACAAUAACAGUACGUGGUACCUACCUGAACGUGGUGGCAAAUCCAAGAAUGGGAUUGUCCUUGCCACAGAAAACCACUACUGCUCCAUUCGCAUGUGUAGCUGCAAACGAUGGCCUCAGUAUGAAAUGCGUGACCCCAAACGUCACCCAUCUCAUCGCAAUUGCACCAACACCAGCCAGACCUACUACGGCCGAUAUUUGGUUUUUAAUGGAUGGAGUGAGUAAAUUGCGGAAUUUCUCCCAGACUCAUCCGAAACUGAGCCCUCUACAGAUAUAUCCCGAUCCAGUCUACAAUGCUUUCACAGACAGCCCCAAUUCAUUUUCCAUUGAUGAUGAGCAGAUUAGGAUAAAUGGCAAGUAUCUUCAUCUGGUCCACAACAUUGGUGAUGUAAGUGUGACUGUCGGUUCGGCGCCAUGUACUGUGACCGCCCUUGAGUCCAACUACUUAUUAUGUAAACCAGGCAAUAAGCCAGCACAGGUCGGCCCCAAUGAGCCUCUUUAUCCAGUCAAGGUGACAGUGGGCAACUUAAAGUUCAACAUCGGUUCUCUGCGAUACAUGCAAGUGUCCAGCUCCAUCAUGGUGGUGGGCAUUGGGGCCGGAGCCGGGUGUGCCUUUGUGGUCAUCAUUCUGGCAUCUGUCCUGUUCUACCUAAAGAGAGCUAAAAAGGGGCCCUUCAAGCCGAAACCGACCCCCGAGCCCCUGGUGCGCUAUACUGCCAACCCGCACAGGAAUGGUGAUAAUGGACAUUUGAGAGUCCACAGGCAGGGCAGUAAUGACAAUGGUCAGUUGUUUUGGACCACCAAUCAUUUAUGA